AUGGGAAAAGUUGGCGCCGGCGGCGGCUCCCCAGCCCGGCUGAGCGCGCUCCUAGCCGGCGCGGGGCUCUUGGUCCUCUGCGUCCCGGGCGCCUGCGGCGGCGGCUCCUGCUACCCCCAGCUAUCCCCCGGCUCGGCCCCGCGCUGGGCUCCGACCCCAGGUGGCUUCCCUCGCCAGGGGCCGCGAGGCAGAGCUGCUGCCACGCCCCUGCCCCUCCUUGGGCGCCCCCUGUUCGCAGUGGCCCCCGGAGACCGAGCGCUGUCCCUGGAGCGGGCCCCCGGCACCGGGGGGUCCGUGGCGGUUGCCCCACGCUCUGGCCGGCGGAGACGGAGUGAAGCGGAUCCCGGGAAGGCAGAACGGGGAGAGGGCGCAAGUCGAAGCCCCCGGGGAGUGCUAAGGGAUGGAGGGCAGCAGGAGCCUGGGACUCUGGAGCGGGACCCGGACAAAGCCACUCGCUUCCGGAUGGAGGAGCUGAGACUGACCAGCACCACGUUCGCGCUGACAGGCGACUCCGCACACAACCAAGCCAUGGUCCACUGGUCUGGCCACAACAGCAGCGUGAUUCUCAUUUUGACAAAGCUCUAUGACUAUAACCUGGGGAGCAUCACUGAGAGCUCACUUUGGAGGUCAACUGAUUAUGGAACCACUUAUGAGAAGCUGAAUGAUAAAGUUGGUUUGAAAACAAUUCUAAGCUAUCUCUACGUGUGUCCCACCAAUAAGCGUAAGAUUAUGUUACUCACAGACCCGGAGAUUGAGAGCAGCUUAUUGAUCAGCUCGGAUGAAGGGGCCACCUAUCAAAAGUACCGGCUGAACUUUUACAUCCAAAGCUUGCUUUUCCACCCCAAGCAAGAGGACUGGAUUCUGGCAUAUAGCCAAGACCAAAAGUUAUACAGCUCUGCUGAAUUUGGGAGAAGGUGGCAGCUUAUCCAGGAAGGGGUCGUACCAAACAGGUUCUACUGGUCUGUGAUGGGGUCAAAUAAGGAACCAGAUCUUGUGCAUCUCGAGGCCAGAACUGUAGAUGGUCAUUCACAGUACCUAACUUGCCGAAUGCAGAACUGCACAGAGGCCAACAGAAAUAAACCUUUCCCGGGCUACAUUGACCCAGACUCUUUGAUCGUCCAGGAUGAUUACGUGUUUGUUCAGCUGACAUCGGGAGGACGGCCACAUUACUACGUGUCCUACCGGAGGAAUGCCUUUGCCCAAAUGAAGCUGCCCAAAUAUGCUUUGCCCAAGGACAUGCACGUCAUCAGCACAGAUGAGAAUCAAGUGUUUGCAGCGGUUCAAGAAUGGAACCAAAAUGACACCUACAACCUCUAUAUCUCAGACACCCGUGGGGUCUAUUUCACACUGGCCUUGGAGAAUGUCCAGAGCAACAGAGGUCCUGAGGGCAACAUCAUGAUCGACCUCUAUGAGGUAGCAGGGAUAAAGGGAAUGUUCUUGGCUAACAAGAAGAUUGACAACCAAGUGAAGACUUUCAUCACGUAUAACAAAGGCCGAGACUGGCGUUUGCUGCAGGCGCCAGACACGGAUCUAAGGGGGGACCCUGUGCACUGCUUACUGCCCUAUUGCUCACUACACCUUCACCUUAAGGUCUCCGAGAAUCCCUACACAUCAGGGAUCAUUGCCAGCCGAGACACAGCUCCCAGCAUCAUAGUGGCUUCAGGUAAUAUAGGUUCUGAAUUAUCAGACAGCGACAUCAGCAUGUUUGUCUCUUCAGAUGCAGGGAACACCUGGAGGCAGAUCUUUGAAGAAGAGCACAGUAUUUUGUAUCUGGAUCAGGGUGGAGUCCUGGUUGCUAUGAAGCACACGUCUCUCCCGAUUCGACAUCUCUGGUUGAGUUUUGAUGAAGGGAGAUCUUGGAGCAAAUACAGUUUCACAUCUAUUCCACUUUUUGUGGAUGGGGUUCUGGGUGAGCCUGGGGAGGAGACUCUAAUCAUGACCGUGUUUGGACACUUCAGCCACCGCUCCGAAUGGCAGCUGGUCAAAGUGGACUACAAGUCCGUGUUCGACCGACGGUGUGCCGAGGAGGACUACAGACCGUGGCAGCUGCACAGCCAGGGGGAAGCAUGCAUCAUGGGAGCAAAGAGGAUAUAUAAGAAGCGAAAAUCAGAGCGUAAGUGUAUGCAAGGAAAAUAUGCAGGAGCUAUGGAAUCUGAACCCUGUGUCUGCACAGAGGCCGAUUUUGACUGUGACUAUGGGUAUGAGCGACACAGCAAUGGUCAGUGUCUGCCAGCAUUUUGGUUUAAUCCAUCUUCUCUGUCAAAGGACUGCAGCUUGGGACAGAGUUAUCUCAACAGUACUGGGUAUAGGAAAGUCGUUUCCAAUAACUGCACGGACGGAGUGAGAGAACAGUACACUGCCAAACCGCAGAAGUGUCCUGGAAAGGCCCCGCGAGGGCUGCGCAUCAUCACUGCAGAUGGAAAGUUGACAGCAGAGCAAGGGCACAAUGUUACCCUCAUGGUGCAGCUGGAAGAGGGUGACGUCCAGAGGACACUCAUCCAAGUGGACUUUGGUGAUGGCAUUGCAGUGUCUUACGUCAACCUCAGCUCCAUGGAAGAUGGGAUCAAGCACGUCUAUCACAACGUGGGCAUUUUCCGAGUGACCGUGCAGGUGGACAACAGUCUGGGCUCUGACAGCGCCGUCCUGUACUUACAUGUAACUUGUCCCCUGGAGCAUGUACACCUGUCUCUUCCCUUUGUCACCACAAAGAACAAAGAGGUCAACGCAACAGCAGUGCUGUGGCCCAGCCAAGUGGGCACCCUUACUUACGUGUGGUGGUACGGAAACAAGACGGAGCCUCUGAUCACCUUGGAGGGAAGCAUAUCAUUCAAGUUUACUUCGGAAGGGAUGAACACCAUCACAGUGCAGGUCUCAGCUGGGAACGCCAUCCUGCAAGACACGAAGACCAUCGCGGUGUAUGAGGAAUUCCGAUCCCUUCGCCUGUCCUUCUCUCCGAACCUGGAUGACUACAACCCUGAUAUCCCUGAGUGGAGGAGGGACAUCAGCCGAGUCAUCAAAAAAUCCCUGGUGGAAGCCACCGGGGUCCCAGGCCAGCACAUCCUGGUGGCGGUGCUCCCUGGCUUACCCACUGCCGCUGAGCUCUUUGUCUUGCCCUAUCAGGAUCCGACUGGAGAAAACAAACGGUCGGCUGAGGACCUAGAGCAGAUAUCAGAACUGCUGAUCCACAAGCUCAACCAAAACUCGGUGCACUUUGAGCUGAAGCCUGGGGUCCAAAUCCUUGUCCACGCAGCCCACUUAACAGCAGCCCCGCUGGUGGACCUCACUCCAACCCACAGUGGAUCCGCCAUGCUGAUGCUGCUCUCGGUGCUGUUUGUAGGGCUGGCCGUGUUCGUCAUCUACAAGUUUAAAAGGAAGAUCCCGGGGAUUAAUGUUUAUGCCCAGAUGCAGAAUGAGAAAGAACGAGAGAUGGUCAGUCGGGUCAGUCACACUGAAAGCAGGGCCCAUAUCCCUCAGACUGAACUAAGGCGGCCUGGCCAACUGAUAGAUGAGAAGGUGGAAUGCCAGCUCAUAGGAAGUAUUUCCAUAGUUGCUGAGAAUCAAAGCACAAAAGAGAUCCCUACCUAUGUAAAUGUUUGA